UCUAUUUAUAGACCCCUUUUAUGUUCCUCCUGUUUAGGAUUAGGAACACAUUUAUGCUUCAGAAUCUUUUUCUGGGUAUUUCAAUGAUAAAGAGUUUUAAUUAGGCAAAAAUAUUGGGCUUUUGGUUUCCCUCAGAAAUUUAAAAAAAAGAAAAAAGAUGUUGGAAGGCAAGGCUUUGAUAGAGGACACCGACAUGCCUGUUAAGAUGCAGAUGCAAGCCAUGGCCUUUGCUUCUCAAGCUUUGGAUAUCUAUGAUGUUUUUGACUGCAGAUCUCUAGCUGCCCAUAUCAAAAAGGAGUUUGACAAGAAAUAUGGUUGUGGUUGGCAAUGUGUGGUGGGUUCAAAUUUUGGGUGUUUCUUCACUCAUUCUAAAGGAACUUUCAUCUACUUUACGUUGGAGACUCUUAAUUUUUUGAUCUUUAAGGGGGCUUCGUAUUCCUCUCCAUGACUUGGAGACAGUGUUUGGUUGCAAAGAAAGUUGGGGAGAGAAUAGGAACAAGCGUGUAAAAGUGCAGUAUUUUUUUCCUGUCUUAUCCUUUUCCUCUGUUUCUUCUCUCAACCGGUUGGUAGUUGAGUGGACAAAGUGGACAAAAAUGGACAAGCAGAUUACAGAGAGAAUAUAAAAAUGGCCACGUGGGAGUUUCUUUUGUGAACAAGAGCUUUGUCAAGCUCUUCUAUGGUCAUUUUAUAAUCUCCUUGUGUUUGUAAAUAUUGUAUUUAUUUAUGAAAAUACUAAUGAAAUUUAUCAUCUUCACGA